AUGCAGAAUAAAGGUGCGUUAUACACUGAAUCUACACAUCCGAAAGUUGCAUCCGAUCUUGCUGUUCAUAACAAAAAAGUGCAGGAAGUUAGAAGUUGGCUGGACACAUGUUUUGAUAACUUUCCACGAGUUCUUUUAUUGACGGGACCUACUGGGAGUGGAAAAUCAACAACUGUUGAGUUAUUAUGUAAAGAAAAAGGUAUCAAUUUACUCGAAUAUGAUGAAGAAUGUUUGCUUGAUGAUGAAAUAAAUGGAAAUCUCGAAUUGGAACGAUAUUUAACACAAUCUGCUGCAAGACUUUUACCUGGAAAACCGAAAAAAUCUAUAAUUUUUGUAACAUCGUUGCCAGAUGCCGCAUAUAAGUAUGUGAUCUUAUGAUUUAUCCAUUCAACUAUUCAAAUUUCAGCAAUAUUUUUGAUUUCCGAGAUCGUCUUCAUAAUGCAUUUUUCGAUCUAAAACUUCCAGUUAUUUUCUGUUUGAGUGAUGUAGAUUCAAGUUGGCAUCUAAAUCCAAAUCGAUUAUUCACAGCAACAUUUCUUCAGAAAAAUGGAAUUGAUAGAAUCAAAUUCAAUGCUGUUGCUAUUACAUAUUUGAAAAAGGCGGUUAAUCGAGCAGCAAGUAUUUUACGAUUGACGGUAAGUAAUUCGCUAUCUGAAAAUAUUUCAGAUUAUAUUGAAAUUUCAGACAUCAGGAACUCGAAUAGAUGCAAUUUGUGAAGAAUCGAAUGGCGAUCUUCGUCUAGCUUUAAAUAUGCUACAAAUGAAUUCAGUUGGUCGACCAUCUUCUUCAACGUGUUCAGCAAAAUCAAAUCGAGAAGAAACAUUUCAUAUGUUAGGUCGUAUUUUACAUGCAAAACGAACAAAUGGAACAAAUACAUUGAUGUCUUCAUCUCAAAAACGAAAACUGAUAAAACCAAAAGAACAACCAAAAUCUGAUGGAAUUCGACAUCCAUUAGAAUAUGAUGUUUCGGAUAUUAUUCAAAUGUCAAGUAUGUCGGGUGAAAAAGUGAGUUUACCUUUUCAUUUUUGAACCUCAAAAAAUUCAUAAAAAUGUUUAGAUCCUCGAUUUUCUUCAUGAAAAUGAAUUGAAAUUCUGCGAUAAGUUGCGAAAUCUUCGAAAUAUUUCGGACAAAUUCUCAUUGUGUGAUACUUUAUACAGUGAUUGGAUUACAAAACAAAGACUUCCGGAUGAAUAUAAUGCACAAAUUAGUGCUCGAAAUGUCAUGUGGUUUAAUUUUGAAUGUAGUGAGUUGAAUUUUUUGAAUAAUUGUUUCACAAUAAAUGAAUUUAGAGCCUCCUCAAUGGUGUUCAUUACAUGGUCCACUUUUAUCUGAUCUGAAUAGAGAAAUCAGAGAUUCGGUGACUGAACUUCGACGUCUUUCAAUGAUUGGAGAUUCUCAAUUUACUACUCUGUACGUUUUUAAUUUUUAGACUUAAAAAUAUUAUAUUUUUCAGAACAAGUCCAUAUUCCACAAUGAUAUCGGGAAUUUUGGACUCAAAUCAAAUCACAUCAUAUCUUUCUAGACCAAUGAAUAUGAGUUGGAAAUCUGGAAGAGAUUCUCUUCAUAUUCAAAUCGAUAAUUAUGUUAGUCAAACCCAAAUUAGAAUUUCACAUUAAAAACAACAUUUCAGGCGAAUUCAAUAUAUUUCAAACGAAAUGCUGAAAAAAUAUCGAAAAUCAGAAAAGAAGCAAUCCAAAAUGAAAUUACCGAAGAAAAUGAUUAUGAAGAUGAAAAAAUUACAAUCGAAGAAACUGAUGAUGAAGCUGAUUCUGAUGAUAGUUUCGAAAAUUUUCACCCAUAA